UCGGCCCCGCCCCCGGCCCGCUGGGGAAUAACGGCGGCGGCAGCGUCACCUCCAUUUCCUCCAGGGGAGCGGCCGUAGAGCGGAAAAGAAACAAAUCGACCAUUUAGCAAACAGGAGAAAAGAACAAAUUGUCGUAAUUUCCUGUCAUGAUUAAAGGGAGAAGGAUACGUACUGUGCUGCAUCAUGCCAUGCACAGAUUGGAGAAAGAUGAUAAUGCUGAUAAUCUCCGGAAAGAGUCGUCAUUUUUCUAUCCUCCCCCAGAUGGGGGUUGGGGUUGGGUUGUGGUGCUGGCUGCAUGUACUCACUCUUUGCUUGUCAGUGGAUUCCACAAUGCUUUUGGUGUGUACAUGAUUUCCUUACUUGAGACUUUCCAGUCAAGUAGGUCACGAACAGCCUGGAUUGGAUCAGUCAGUUAUGGUUUCAUUAUGAUUUUUGGUCCCGUUUCUGGAAAACUUUUGCAGAAAUAUGGAGCCAUCAAAGUAGCAAUAUUUGGAGCUCUAGUUGUCAUGUUAGGUGUUGUUUGUUCCUCUUAUGCUGGUGAUAUACGUGUUCUGUUUUUAACCCACGGAAUCCUAGUAGGUGUAGGAUCAAGUUUUGCUUCUACUCCAGGCUUGAUAAUGGUGAGCCUUUACUUCACCACAAAGCGUUCCUUUGCAACUGGGAUUGUGAUGGCUGGUGGGGCAGCAGGAACUCUGGUACAGAAUCAGGUGCAUCGAUACCUAAUCAAGGCAUUUGGAUGGAGAACUAGUCUGCGUGUGUAUUGUGGAAUUCUAACAAUAUGUAUUUUUGCUGGGUUUGCAUACAGACCACUUGAAAAACGAAGACAUCCAAGUGUUGUUGAAAAUUUUCAGACAUCAACAUUAAGAGGUUUUAUUGUAGAUCUGAGUUUAUGGAAGGAUAGUAUCUUUGAGUUAUGGGUUUGUGCUCUUGGAUUAGCAAAAUUUGGAUUCUUCAUACCCUUUGUGCAUAUGAUGAAACUUGCAGGUGACUUGGGCAUUUCUUUGGAUGAUGCAUCAUACAUUAUGGUAGGAAUUGGAAUAAGCAGCCUGCUUAGUUCUCUUCUAUUUGGGAAGAUAUGUGAUUUAGAAAGUAUCAACCGCCUUUAUAUUAACCAGGCAUCUGUACUGUCUGUUGGGCUGUUGUACUUGACAAUUCCUUUGUGCACAACUUUCCCCUCCCUAAUUGCUUUUGGCUCGCUGUUGGGAUUUUUUGAUGCAGGAAACUAUGUUCUUUUACCUGUUCUAACGCUAGACUUGAUGGGAGCAGAGAAAAUGCCUGUGGCCUGGGGAUUUAUGAUGGCUGUCCACACAAUUAGUUGUUUUGGUCCACCAUUUGCAGGCUGGAUAUAUGACUUAUUAGGAAGUUACAACAUUGGAUUUGUAGUGCCUGGACUUUGCUCUGUUGCAGCAGCAGGUAUUCUUGCUUUCAUUCCACGGCUUAAAAAUACAGCAGUACAACAGAAGAAGAACAUUAUUCAUGCUUCUGUUUGUGAGAUAACAAACAGUAUAAUACCUUGGGAGUCACCACCUCAUUCAAUACAGAGUCUAAAUGAUUCAUAUACAAAGUACAGUUCUGUUUGGACUUCCAGAGCAGACUUACCUAAAGUUGAGGAUACUACUGUAGCAUCUUCAAUAGAAAGCACAGCAAAGGUAGAACAAGUGUUUCUUGAAGAAUGUGAGGCUUCAGAUUCAAAAAAAGAAGCAUAUGUGACUUUUGUACAUGUUGAACAAUGUGAAGAUGAAGCGCUACAUGAUGAAGGCACAGCGAAGGUAGAAGAAGUACCUCUUGAAGAAAAUGAGGCUUCGGAUUCAAAAAAAGCAGCACGCGUGGCUUUCAUAGAUGUUGAACAACAUGAAGAUAAAGAUGUACAUGAUGAAGGCACAGCGAAGGUAGAAGAAGUACCUCUUGAAGAAGGUGAGAUUUCAGGUUCAAAAAAAGAAACACGUGUGACUUUCGUAGAUGUUGAACAACAUGAAGAUGAAGACCUACGUGAUGAAGGCACAGCAAAGGAAGAAGUAACUGUUGAAGAAGAUGAGGCUUCAGGUUCCAAAAAAACAGCACGUGUCACUUUCGUAGAUGUUGAACAACAUGAAGAUGAAGACCUACGUGAUGAAGGCACAGCAAAGGAAGAAGUAACUGUUGAAGAAGAUGAGGCUUCAGGUUCCAAAAAAACAGCACGUGUCACUUUCGUAGAUGUUGAACAACAUGAAGAUGAAGACCUACGUGAUGAAGACACAGCAAAGGUAGAAGAAAUACCUCUUGAAGAAGGUGAGGCUUCAGGUUCAAAAAAAGCAGCACAUGUGGCUUUCGUAGAUGCUGAGCAACACGAAGAUGAAGACCUACAUGAUGAUGAACAAAAAUGAUCCAAGUAUCACCAGCAGUAGUUAAAUCAGUGGUAUGAAAACAAAUGGAUCUUAAAUUUAGAUAAAGCUAUUCAACAUGUCAGUAAUAAUUUACUCUGUUAUGCUAUAUUCUAAGUUGAUGGAGAAUUGACUAACAUUUGUUAGAUCAUUCUUGUUUUAAUUAUACUUCUGUUUCAUAAUUCAUAUAUAAAAUCAGUUUGUUUAAUAUUGUAUGUAAAAUUGGAACAUUCAAGCAUUUUAAAAUAUAAACCAUAGUGGGAUUAGAACACUUUAAAUAUGUUGCAUGUUUUUAAACAAACACUAAAUAUAUUUAAUUUUGUUAGCAAAUUACUUAUUUUAGUUCUGAUGUGCUCCUUUGGUGUGGGGGAGUGGAUGGAUUGGUUAGCUAUU